GGAAGAACUCACAUUGGAUGAACUAUCCACCAGGGAACCCAUGAUGACUAUACCUUCUGUCUGUCCCUUGCAAUGAUAUAAUCUGUUUGGUUCGCAUGCAACCUCACCUGAUGGCAUGGGUACCGCUUAAUAUCAACAAUCGUACUACUUGACUUGGUAACAGUUAACUAUUUGCUCGACUACAUCGCGCUAUACUUUUAUCACGAGUCGAUCGUCUUCAAGCCAAAUCGCUAAGCGAUGGGCAUUCCAUGGUCCUCGAUAUUGGGAACGUCCCGAUGUGCCGAGGUGAUGGAUCAUACCGCCACGGGGCACGUACUUUUUUACUUCUGCGUAUCUACUCCGUAGGUUAUGAGGAAUUUCAUUCUGGAGGCGAACAGAAAAAGAAAAGAAAAGAAAAGAAAAAGCCUCAUGAAUCAUCAAACGUCUCAGGAGGGAUACAAAAAAGAAAAGGUCAUGCAAUGUCGAUCGAGCGAAAUGCAUUUAAUUCUCCAUCUCUCGAAACCAGCAGACUAUGUAUGCACUACAUGGAUCGCUGGUGGAUUCCCAGGAAGGCCUGCCAACUUUCCAGGAGAGCCUAUGAUAUCAAACUAUAUCCAGAGUCCGAAACUCGGUGCCAUCGCCCAACACCAGCUGAAACUCCAUCCAACAGAACAUGUUCCUCGUUCUUCGGCGAAAUUCCUCUUCUGUUAUCGUCAGGCAAAAAAGCUUACGUUCCUUUUGACUCACAGGUACCUCGCUAGGUAGGCUUGCCCCGUGAAGUACCCAGUACCGACUGGAUACUCGAAGCGGGAUAGAUCCUUACUCGUGUCCACAUGGUGUAAAGGUGUCAACCGCCUAGGGUCUAAGCUUGUUAGUCCAACGUUGAACUUUCCCCUUCGGUCCACGAGUCAAACGGCUUGAGAGCAGGACGAUCCAUUCCCGUGGGUUCGAGAGUUUUCUGGCGGAUCGUGUCCGCGAGCGCCUAACCAAGCAGAAAAGCAAACGCGAAAAAAGAGGAGGAAAAAAGGUGAAACCAGGAAAAGGAUGUGCAGGAAUGCCGAUCCACAACCAACACCAAUCGUCAUCGG